AUUUCCUAUCUUUGACUGGGCACGUUGUGUAACACUUCCGCCCGUCUUGCCUCCGCGCUUUAAAGAGCAAGAUAAGAAAAAGAAGGUGUUUACUGUUUACAUUUCUCAGACAUGUGCUGACUUUUUCUUUAAAUUUUCUUUUCACUUGACGACGUCACUGCUUGGACCCCCGCCGGGACAUGGAGCUUCACCGGCGGCUGUUGCUGGCUCACUGCGCCGCCCACGCCCUCUCCAUGGCGGCGGGGCUGCUGCUGGUGGUGCCCAUGGCGCUCAACGGCUCCGCCUUCAAGGGCCGCUGCGCGCUCUUCUCCGGUGGCUACUGGAGCACCGAGGCCGGCCCGGAGGCGGCGGAGACGGGGGAUGUGGUCCACCACCUGCGGGUGCAGCAGUGGGGCCCGCCCGCCGCCUGCCAGUUCGUUACUUUCGUGGGCAUUUUCACGGUCCUGUACGGGGCGGCGCAGGGCUGGAGGAGCCUCUUCUACCUGCACGGACGUCAUGACGAUACUUUGUUUUCAUCCUUCCUGACGGUGCUGCUGAGCGUGUGCUUGUUCUUCCUGUCGGCCGGUGCCAGCGUCAUCUUGUCCCUAGGGCUGGCCUCCUGGUGCGACACACUGACCGACAACAACACACGACCCUUCAGCUGUGCAGCUUCCCAGUCUGUGCCGCUUCACCUGGAUGUGGACACCUCGUCCUUCUACACACACCUCAGCUUGGCACAGGUGUCCCUGUGGUGUGUGACCCUGCUGUGGUCGGUCCAGUCCGUCCUGGCCUUCUUGCGUCUUUACCACUCGCAUAGUGGGCCGUGUCUCCUGCGGGAUAAGGAGCUGCUGCUCAGGGACGCUGGAUCUGAGGGCACACCGUACCCCCCGGAAACACCCACCAUCAUGGUCUGACGCCUAAAUAUUUGUCUUAUAUAUAUGUAUAUAUUUAUAUAUAAAUAUAUACAUGUUUGAUGUGAAUAGAGACACCCACACACUGACUUUGCACUGCUGGCAUGAUUAGUUCACAUUCCAGUGGCAUGCAGCAACAUAACCAUCUAGUUUUAGUGCAGAAAGUCACAAUAUUAUUGAGGAAGUUUUCAUAAACAGCAAUUUGAGGAUUUAAAGGGGAAUUUAAAUAUUUAGAUGAGGGGUGUCCAAACAACGUGAUAAAUGCUACUUUUAAGUGUACACAGCACAGCGUUCACCUAUACGACCCAAUCCAAACAACCUUCCCUAGUCAUAGUGCAGCAAAAAAUCCACACGUGGUCACACAUAGCGCGACCUGAUCACUGAACUUUGUUGAUGUGAUAACGAUAGUCCAAGUCAUGAUACAUAAUUCAAAAUUAGGCCCAUUUAAAGCCACUACAAUGCAUGAUGGGAACAAUUCUAAACACUUCCCGCACUUUUCCGCGUGUGGCGCAUUUUAGCUGCAGGAUAUUUCUGAAUGAUUUGAAAACCUUAAGGAGGUUGCAAAGUAAACAAGGUGGAAGUUGAAAUUUCACACUCUUAAUAACCAAUUAUGUUAAUAAUUUAUUAUAUAUCCAUUAUAGGGCAGCACGGUGGAACAUGGGGGCAGCACGGUGGGACAUGGGUUAGUGCAUGUGCCUCACAAUACGAAGGUCCCGAGUUCAAUCCCUGGCUCAAGAGCUUUCUGUGUGAAGUUUGCAUGUCUUCCCCGUGACUGUGUGGGUUCCUUCCGGGUACUCCGGCUUCCUCCCACCUCCAAAGGCAUGCACCUGGGCAUAGGCUCCUCCCACCUCCAAAAAACAUGCACCUGGGGAUAGGUUGAUUGGCAACACUAAAUGGUCCCUAUUGUGUGAAUUUGAGUGUGAAUGUUGUCUGUCUAUACAUGUUGGCCCUGCGAUGAGGUAGCGACUUGUCCAGUGUGUACGCUGCCUUCCGCCCGAUUGUAGCUGAGAUAAGCUCCAGCACCCCCCGCGACCCCAAAAGGAAUAAGUGGUAGAAAAAAAAAAAAAAAAAAAAAAAAAAUAUAUAUAUAUAUAUAUAUAUAUAUAUAUAUAUAUAUAUAUCGUGCUCAAUACCGUGGUAGAGCGCAAUAUGUAUGUGUGGGAAAAAUCACAAGACUACUUCAUCUCUACGGAACUGUUUCAUGAGGAGUUCCCUCAAUCAUCUCCUGAUGAUUGAGGGAAUGUUGAAUAUUCAAUAACAUGACAAAUUAUUGCAUCCAGCACACACAGUGGUAAUAAAAGAUGCAACCUAUGCUUAAAAGAGCAACUGUUUAUUAUAUAUCAUCCAGACCGGUCAUCCCUCAACAAGCGCAGUGAAAUCAUUUCAACAUGCCGCCACAGACGGAAACACCUCCUUGGUAACACAUGAGCCAAACACCACGCCCCUACGCCUGCCUGUACCCACCCACUCUGUGCCCUAUACAAACCAUUGUAUGUGAAUGCUUCCAUUAAAAUCUCCUGAUGAUUGAGGGAACCCGUCAUGAAACAGUUCUGUAGAGAUGAAGUAGUCAUAUAUAUAUAUAUAUAUAUAUAUAUAUAUAUAUAUAUAUAUAUAUGUAUAUAUAUAUAUAUAUAUAUAUAUAUAUAUAUAUAUAUAUAUAUAUAUAUAUAUAUAUAUAGUCUGGUUUGGACACCCCUGAUUCAUAUCAAAAGAAGUAAUAUUAGGACAGAAUGAGAAACAGCACCAUCUGCUGGAUGAAAUGAGGUACUGCCCUCCAGACAAAUAGUGAGGAUUUACAUAUGAAGGUGGAAAAAUGGUAAUAAUUGAAAAUGAUUCCAGAUGUAUUUAAUCCUGCACCACUAAACUCACUGACUGUGUCCGGUAUGACUUUGCACACCAUGUUUGUGUCCCAGACCGGGAGAAAGAUGCUAUUAUUAUUAUUAUUAUUAUUAUUAUUACAUAGCACUGAAGAUGCUUUUGUUGUCAAGCAUGUGUUGUGAAGCAUGUGUUGAGAGGGACUUUAAACAGGCUCACUAUGUGAGCAUGACAUCAUCUCCCACUCACUCCUCAUGACGUCACCUCCCACUAACUCCUCCCACUAACCCAGGGGCAGGAAACCUAUGGCUCUAGAGCCAGAUGUGGCUCUUUUGAUGAAUGCAUCUGGCUCUCAGGUAAAUCUUAGCUGACAUUGCUUAACGCGAUAAUUAUGAAUAAUUUCGCUGGUAAUCACAGUGUUAAAAAUAACGUGCAUAAUAUAAAACAUUCUCAUGCAUUUAAAUCCAUCCAUCUGUUUUCUACCGCACCUGUUCAAGAAGUCGUAUUAAUGGUAAGAAGUAUUUUAUGUCACAAUGGGGGGGUCGCAGCUUGCUGCAGGGUCGUUCUCCCAGGAAGGCAGACGGACUACUCGGGACAUGGCAUUUAGGUAAAAACAUGAUUUAACUUAAACUAAAAAAAGAUACAAACAAAAAUCGCUCACAGUGGAGGCACAACUUGGGCUAAGGAACAAAGCUAACGCGUAAACAGACUAUGAACAUAAAUCAAACAAAACUUACUUGGCAUGGCAUGAAGCACGAAACUAUGGCAAGGCAUGAAACAAGUCAGCACAGAGCAAGAAAAGAUCACAUUGAUGCCAGGGCGACUGACUGGCAAAGACGAGCUUAAAUACUGCCUCUGAUUAGUGCUCGGGAAGCAGGUGAGCGGGCAUUUUGUCCACCAGAGACAGGUGGACAAAAUGAGUAACCAAGGAAACAAGACAAGGGAGUGGAAAACACAGGAACUUAAAGAGUCCAAAGGACAAACAGCACAUGGCCAAACAAAAACAUGAUCAACAGACAUGACAUUUGAUUUAUUAUUGGUUAGCUUCAGAAUAACAAUGUUGUUAAAAAGAAUAAGAGACUUAUUAUACUCUAAAAAUGUUGGUCUCACUUAAAAAUGCACACAUUUAGUUGUAUUCAGUGUUAAAAAAAUAUGAUAUGGCUCUCACGGAAAUACAUUUUGAAAUAUUUGGCUUUCAUGGCUCUCUUAGCCAAAAAGGUUCCCGACCCCUGCACUAACCCCUCAUGACGUCACCUCCCACUCACUCCUCCCACUAACCCCUCAUGACGUCACCUCCCACUCACUCCUCAAGUUGUGUGGUGUGAGGUCAACACGAGCUUGUCUCUGCCCGGUGAAGAUGUACAUGUUGACAUGAUGCUGUGAGUGCGAAUGACGCCAAGAGCUCACUAAUCGCCAGGAUCCUGAUCAGAGAUGGAUAUUUGAGGUCUUUGUGGAUCACGGCAUCAACUUUGCAGAGUUUUUUAACGGGCAAAUGACACAAAGUUGUCGCCUGGCAGUCGUAACGACACACUCACAGCGGAGCGACAAAUCUGAAGGAAAGAGUUUCACGUUGUGUAAAUAGUCAUUUCCAGAAUGUUUUUUAUAACCACGUCUUUACUUUCUACCUCUUGUAUGUCCUGGUAAUGCACUGUUUUUGUCAAAUAAAAUACUGUGUCUUUA